AUAAACAGGUGGGGGGUGGAGGGUCAUCUCCUCAGUCCUCCUAGAUACUAGUCUCACGAUGUGUAGUGUCGCCACCUAUCGUACACAGACUACUGACUACUAGCCCUACCACGACCUCAACAACGAAACCUCACGACGAACCAGCCCAACAUGUCCAGCGCUCAACAUCAAGCAGUCCUCUCCAUGCUCGAGCACGAUCAGGUCAUCCCGGAAGUCUUUUCCAAGACCCUCUCGCUCGAGGGUAAACUCUCGAUCGCCUUUCCGUCUCAUACGGCAUGUGCUGGAGAGACCAUGGAAAGGGUCGUCACCAAGGACGUACCUAGCAUCGUCUACAAGCCGUUCAACGGGGAUACUGGUAUGACGGCGAUCGAUCGUUACACCUUGAUCGAGAUCGACCCGGACUUGCUCCAGCCGAACGAUACCGCCUCGGGUCAGGUCAGACACUGGGUCCAGAGCAACAUCGUCCUCGACCCGGCCGAACUCGACAAGGACGGUCAGGUCACGGGAAAGUACACUGAAGAGGCCAUCACCGAGUACCUUCCCAGUUCUCCUGGACCUCCUGGGCAUAAACACCGUUACGUCUUUUGUCUCGCCCGACAAUCCCCCGAUCACCCAGCUCCUUCGGCCUCGGAUUUCCCCAGAGGAGCCGCCGAGUCCACUGCUACCUCUUCGAACCCCAAGGACAACGAGGACGUCAAAGACCGUGCCGGAUUUUCUCUCGAAGAGUACCUGGAAAAGAGGUCGCUGAAGGUCGUCGCCGCGACCUUCAUCAAGGUCGGACCUGAUGCCGAAGGGUUGAUGGAUAACGCGUUAUUGAGCGGUGAAGCUAUCGUCAACAAGGUUUUGGGCAAGUAGGGAGGAGGGAGCUUCGUGAUGACGAGGAGUUGGAGAUGAGCUACGCAGACGAGGAGAGGGAGAAGGGGGCAAAUGGACCGAGUGUGACGGUGUGCGAGAAACGACCUUUUACGAAAAUCGAGUGCCUUUAUUUACUUCUGCUCGAAUUCUUUGCUAGUCUGUAUCGACCUGCCGGGGCUGAAUCGAUAGCGGGAAAACGCAUCGUAUCAUCAAUGUAUUCAAG